CUGAAGGGUGAAAUGAAAUGAGCUAGGUUUUCAGUUCCACAAAUCAAACGAGUUUGUUGCAAAGAGAAGCAAAGGGUGAAAGGGAGCGGCACGGAAAGGUAGCAGAGACAAUUUUGAUAAUGGAGGCGGCGGAAGCCAGAGUGUGCGUGACUGGGGCAGGAGGAUAUCUUGGAUCCUGGCUUCUUCAUCUCCUCCUCUCCAAGAACUACACUGUCCAUGGAACCGUCAGAGACCCCUCUGAUGCUAAGUACGGUCACUUGAAGGAACUUCCUAACUCCUCCAAUCUCAAGCUCGUCAAAGCGGAAUUGCUAGAUUACAACUCCAUCUAUUCAGCUGUUGAAGGAUGCAGCGGAGUGUUUCAUGUUGCCAGUCCUGUUCCCUCUGCCUCCGUAUCCAAUCCUGAGGCCGAGGUAAUUGAGCCAGCGGUUGGUGGUACCCUGAAUGUACUCAAAGCAUGUGUUGAAGCAAAGGUGAAGAGGGUUGUUUUUGUUUCAUCUGGAACUGCAGUUUCCAUGAACCCCAGUUGGCCCAAGGAUCAAGUAAUGGAUGAGACUUGUUGGUCUGAUAAGGACUACUGCAGAUCCAUUCAGAACUGGUACCGUCUCUCCAAGACAGAAGCUGAGGGUCGAGCUUUUGAGUUUGCUGAAGCCAAUGGCCUCGACUUGGUAAGUGUUUGUCCCACUUUUAUCUUGGGGCCAAUCCUGCAACCUGCUGUGAAUGCAAGUAGUCUUGUUCUCCUUAGGCUUCUCAAAGGGCAUGACUCGACGGGUAACCAGUGUCGAACCAUGGUGGAUGUUCGCGAUGUAGCUGAAGCAUUGCUUCUGGCAUAUGAGAAUGCUGAGACGCUGGGGAGAUACAUAUGUGCAGCUCAUAUGAUAUCAACCCAGGAGAUGGUUGAGAUACUCAAGGGCUUGUAUCCCAACUACAAAUACCCUGAAAGCUUCAACACGGGAGCAGAGAGGGUGGAGCUGAGUUCCCAAAAGUUGCAGAGACUUGGAUGGAGUUACCGUCCAGUGCAAGAAACGCUUGUGGACUCUGUGGAAAGUUACAGAAAGGCUGGAAUCUUGGAUUAAUUUUAAGACGCCACAACGCCAUCUCGACGGCGGCACGCUAGCACUUCUUAGACUUCUUGUGGUAGUUUUCAUUGGUCGAUAUCACUGAAGAUGGUAGCUAUCGUCCCCAAAUGGACAAUUGCAGAUAGAGUUCUCGAAACAGAGUCCAAUGUGAGUAUCUCGUUUGAUGUACCCAGUUUGUACUUUGUAAUAUUGGCUGACUUGUAGUUGUAAUUCCACUUACUAAUAAUCCGACUGCCUUGUAACUUUACUGAACCGCAGUUCGAUUGAACCGCAAUUCGAACAAUAUGAUUGAUUCGAAUGAAUUAUGAAAACUAAAACCUAAAUGUGAUUUCAACUAAUGGUUCGCAUUGUUAAAAAUGAAUUGAUCUACAAAUC